AUGAGAUUCAAGCAAGAAGCAGCCAUGGAGAUGGAAGGAACGAUAUGGAAGUGGACAAAUUACUGGAAAGGCUGGCAGCCACGUUGGUUUGUGCUGGAGAGUGGGGUCCUGUCGUAUUACAGUUCCCAAGAGGAAGUGAAUCAGGGCAGCAAAGGAUCAAUUAAGGUGACAGUGUGCGACAUCGUAGCCCAUGCCACCGACUAUACCCGCCUUGAUGUUGGCAUACCUGGGGAACAGUACUUUUACCUGAAAUUUGCCACCCCACAAGAGCGCCAGCAAUGGCUGAUCGCAUUAGGGUCAUCCAAGGCCGCCCUCGGGUCCAAUCGUCACAGACGAGACUCUGAGGGUGGCAAGGAUCAAAUCCGGAGCAAAAAGUCAGAGUUGCGUCUGUAUUGUGAUCUGCUGAUGCAGCAGGUGCAUUCAGUUAAGACAGUUGCAUCUGAGGAUGUGACUAAGCUGGACGAAUCCACUGGGCUUCUAUCUGCCACUUGUGACACAUUCAUCAAAACCCUAGAAGAACUUAUGGAGAUGGUGGAUCAUUCAAUGAUGCCACUGUCGCCUCUUGCCCAAAUGGCUCCCGUCAUUCCUCACAUGAAGAAAAAUUCCCGGAUCCAUCACGAUCGGCAGCCAUCUGUCGACAAUUUCCUGCAACUGGUGAAGUCUGUUGUUGAGGCAUGA